AUGCGAAGCUUCCUCAACGUCGCCGUCCUCGCCGCCAGUGCGCAGGCCUUGGUUCCUCGCAGUGGAAACUGCUGCUUUCAUCUUACGGCCUCUGGCGGUGGUUCGGGCCCAGUCGGACAACUGAGCGACGGACAGAACCGUAUUGGUGACAACAGUCUUCCCACUGCGACGUACUGCAUUAGCUCCAACGGUGGUCUGACUGAUGAGAAUGGUCGAGGAUGUAUUCUGACACCUCCCACCACCCAGUUCCAAUGCGAUACUGGUGCUACUCCCACCCCUGGCUUCUCGGUGAACUCCCAGGGCAAGCUCACGUACAAUGGCAGCACCAAGUUCUAUGCCUGUGAGACUGGGCAAAAUGGUGGUCUGAACAUCUACACCCAACUGAGCAGUGCUCUGAGCAACUGCAAGUCCAUCGAGCUGAACGCCGACAGCUGUGCCGCCUCAUCUGGCGGUGGCAAUGGUGGUGGUAACAGUGGUGGUAACGGUGGAGGUAACGGUGGUGGCAACAAAGUUUGUCCCACAACCUUGACUGCUGGCAACUAUGAGUUCCCUCACUUGAUUGUGCCGGUCAACUCGGCCUCUCCCAACACCGAGUACGGAACCUCGUUCAACGGCAAGGUCACCAGCACCAUCUCCAGUAUCUUCAACUUUGAUAUUCCGUCAUCCGACUCUGGCAAGACCUGCAGCCUGGUCUUCCUCUUCCCCAACAAGUCUGACCUGCAAACAUCUUCCUACACCUUCAGCGGUGAUGGCAAGAUUGACAUUGCUGCCUUGUCUGCUGCGGCCAAUACCCACACCACGUAUAGCAAUGCCCCUUCGGUCUCCAAGGACCUCGGCACCAUCACCAUCUCCCCCGGCAACUCCUACGUCGUCUCGACCUUUGCCUGCCCCGCCGGUGAACGCGUUGCCUAUGAGAUGAAGAACGCAGGAAGCACCAACCUGGAUUACUUCCAAGACUACAACCCCGCUCCGUAA